AACCUAUAUAUGUAUUAUUUCUAAUCAUAAAAGCCAUAUAAACAAAUGUAAAUAAUGACGACCUACACAAAACCACCCGUGGAUCCUGAUUUGUUAAGAUUUUCGGAAAAAAAUGACUAUGAUUCUUUAGCAAAAUAUUUAAUUGGCAACAACUAUCGCUAUCGCGAAAAUAUAAUAAUCCCAAGGAUUUUGGGUCCAGUUGUAAUUAAAACAAAUGAAGAAAAAAUGAUAGAAGCAACAGUGGAAAGCUGUCCUUUCAAAUCAUUAACGAGCUGCAUCAUUGGUUAUGGACUGGGAGCAGCUGUUGGUUUAUUUACAUCGUCGCUAAUGCCAAACGUCACUGACCCUAUGGCACAACAAAAUCAAACUGCAAGGGAAAUUUUACGUGAGAUGAAAGGAUCUAUGUUAAGUUACGCUAAAAACUUUGCCAUUCUUGGAGCAGUGUUCUCUGGUGUAGAAUGCUGCAUUGAAAGUGCCCGUGGAAAAUCUGACUGGAAGAAUGGUACAUAUGCGGGAGGUGUCACCGGGGGACUCAUUGGGUUGAGAGGUGGACUGAAAGCAGGUUUAUUUGGUGCAGCGGGAUUUGCUGCGUUCUCAACGGUCAUCGACUACUAUAUGCACCAAAGAUCCUGAGUUUUCAAAUAGUCACAUAAUUCAUAGUUAUGCAUACAUACAGUAUAUUUAGUUAAUAAAUGGAUAUCAUUUUUUCAACUA